AUGAUCUUCAAGGUGGUGGACUUUGAGGGAUCGUACCACGCCAUCCUUGGGCAUCCGUGCUAUGCCAAAUUCAUGGCAGUCCCCAACUACACCUACCUCAAACUGAAGAUGCAAGGACCGAACGACGCCAUUAUGGUGAGCGGUUCCUUCGAGCAGGUGUACGCCUGCGGUCGCAAGCACUUCGAGCUCGCCACCUCCAUCGCCAACUCCGCCGAGCUCCAGAAGCUUCACCGGAUGGUGGAGGAGGGCACUCCCGAUUGCAAUGAGCCGUCCCCGUCCAACACCUUCCACCCGGUCGAGGACGCCAAGGCAAUCGGGUUCGACCCCAAUGACCGGAACAAGACCGUGCAAAUCGGGACGCAACUUUCGGCCAAAUAG